CACACAAGGCAAACUGACGAAACGUAUUUAGGAGCAAACAUUACUGGAAGCGGUAUUUUAAAGAUGUGUAAUACCAACCCCAGUGCCGUGUUGAUUCCUUAUGGGCUCAAGGUACCCAAUCCAACACCGUAUAUGCCUUUCGGUACUAACGUCUCUCAGAUGGCAUUAGACUUACAGCGGGCUCAGUUUUACGAUUACAGUACCCGUCUACAGUAUGGCCUUAGGGCAGGGUACCCAAACUCCCUGGGUCUGACACCUUACCACGCUCAUCCCGGAACCGAUCCGUAUAUGCACCCGUACCUGUACAAGGACCCACGGGCGCGUUACAUUCACGAGGAGCCGAAACCUAACCAUAGUUAUAUAGGACUUAUUGCCAUGGGUAUUCUGAGCCAUAGAGAUAAUAAAUUGGUUCUCAGUGAUAUCUAUCAGUGGAUAUUGGAUAAUUAUGCUUACUUCCGGACAAGGGGACCUGGAUGGAGAAACAGUAUCCGUCACAACUUGUCACUGAACGAUUGUUUUAUAAAGUCAGGACGGAGUGCUAACGGAAAGGGGCACUAUUGGGCUAUACAUCCGGCCAACCUCGAAGAUUUUAAGAAAGGGGAUUUUCGUCGAAGGCGUGCACAAAGAAGGGUAAGGAAACAUAUGGGCCUUUCAGUGCCAGAUGAUGAAGAAAGUCCCACACCCUCUCCAACUUCUACGUCUAUAACGUGGGAUGAAAACGACCCGAUUACUGAGACUGAGGACAAACGGGAAUUGGACGAAACAAGCGACAAACCUGAUACCGGUAUGCACGAUCCGGCAACUAUAAACUCUAUGAAUAUGAUGGUUGUCGAAAAUACUAUAAAUAAUCAUCAACAAACCAGAUCAAAGAAAAGACUUUUCGACGUGGAAAGUCUCCUCGCGCCUGAUAACUUUGAUACUAAACGUCACUGUUUAAACGAAUCAAGAUUUCGGACGGUGGACCGAAAACUGGCUAUUGAGGAGGAUGUCACAGUGGACGUUGGGACAGACAAUGUGCAGAAUACGGACAUCGAAAAUGAACAAUCGCCAAAGGACUUGUCAUUAACAAAUACAGAAAACUCAGACGGAAAUACUGACAAGGAAAACGUUGUUGCACGCGUAUCAGGUACCAUUGUCCCUGUCUCCGGGGAAAUGUAUGGUGACGUCACACCGGGUGGGGAAAAGGACAUUAUUCGACAGACCGGCAUGUUAUUUAGUUCAGUUGGGAGCGAUAGUGUCUGGAAACACGGAUGCAAGAACUUUUCAUUGAUGGCGUCCCGACCAAGCGCUUUCCAUAAUGCCAGAAUGUGUUCAUGGGGAUCACUGUCACCUUAUCUUGCUACGUAUCCUUUGGUCAGUAUGAAGGGUCACUAUCCUCUUGUGAUUCCGAGGUCAAGUGUUAGUAUGGACACUGCACAAAAGUGGCAGGAAACUGUCGCGCAGCUUGCCACCAGCAAUCAGGAGGAAAAACCACUCUCAUCGGACGAAUAACAAUAUUUACUGAUUAGUGUACACUAGAAACUUAGAGAUGUCAUUUGUGCAUUUACGGUGAAAGUGAAAGAAAGACAAUUUAAUUUAUGAAUGAACUGUUAAAUGAAACCAAAACAAAAUUGUUUAAGUCGUGAGAUACUUUCAAUAUUUUAUCUUGUUAAAUGAUAGAAGAAUGACAUAUAUUUAUAUAAUGCUUGGUGCUAGGAUGAAUAACCAUAUUGUUUCCAGAUUUAUGUGUAUGUAUGUCAGUGUCAAUUGUAUAUUGAAAUAUGCCUCUAACUUAGGUAUGAUAAAGAACACUGUCCAACCCAAACGUAUAUGAAAAGAAUAAAUUACAAAAAUAAGAAAUGUUGUCGA